AAUGAUAUGACACCAGUCCGGUUACAGUGGGGAGAAAUUCUUAUGCCACUGCUGAAGAAGUACAAGUUGAACAUAACAUGGGGUGAUCAGGAUCUAUUGAACAUUAUGUUUUUUCAUAAUCCAGAAAGUCUCUAUGUCUUUCCUUGCCAAUGGAAUUAUCGGCCUGACCACUGCAUCUAUGGAAGCAAUUGUAAGGAAGCUGAAGAAGAAGGUAUAUUUAUUCUUCACGGAAACAGAGGUGUUUACCAUGACGAUAAACAACCGACUUUUAGGGCUGUCUAUGAAGCAAUAAAAAAUUAUUCAUUUGGAGAUGAUCUGGUUCAUUCCCUGUUGCAGCCUCUAGAACUGGAAUUACAGAAGACCAUGCAUACAUACUGUGGAAGAGUAUACAAAGUGUUCAUAAAGCAGCUAACAAAAAGCAUAAGAGACUUGUAUGUCAGAAGAUCAAGGGGAAGGUGACUUUUACUCCGAGGUGUUAAAUCAAGAGACUGAAUUAACAUACUGCAAACAUUCUAAUAGGGCUUGAAUCAGCUCUUAAUGUGCCCAGAUAAAAGUUUACUAGCAUACUUAAAAAUGAAGAAAAUAUUCAUGUAAUGAAGAACAGGAACUUUUUUCUGCAAAGGUGACCUUUUGCUCUUUUGAAGUUUAAUCACUGCUAAUGUUUAUCUUGGAUCCGGUGAUUUGGGUGUUACUGGCUUCUGUGGUCAGUAGUUUUAGUCUGCAUAAUUCAGUUAUCGAAUGAACAAGGAAGAAAUGAAGAUGGCUCUAUUUGGAGUGUACCUCAUGUUGUCUA